UUUCUGAUUUUCUUUCCUUUUAUUUUCUGUCUUACAUUCUCUUUGAGCAUAAGAGUUGAGCCUAGGUUCACUUUCAUACCUUAGGAUUGUUCAGGUCAGCUGCUACUCAGUUUCUGCUGCUCCCUAAAUAUUUGGCUAAAGAAACUUUGAACAUGAUUUUCACAAGAUUCUUCUCUCUGUUGCUCAUAUUUUUGCCCCAGUUUGAGUUUACAGGACCUAUGUGUAUGUUUUUUGUUUAAUUAGAAAGCAUUCUAUUAAUCUCUUUUCAUCCACUGCAAAACAAAUUAGUACUAAAUUAUCCUCCUGCUGUUUCUUGAUAGGAUGAUUUCCCUAUUCAGUAUACAUAUUUCUGUUUUAGGUAGUCAUUUUUAAACUUGAUUUUAACCCUGUCACAGUUCCUUAAGCUCAUCCUUAUUCUGCAGUCUGAGGGUGGCUGGUAUAAUGAAAAUCUGGUCCUGUAACAUGUUACUUUUUUUGCCAUUAUUUAUGCUUUGUGCUUUAGGAAGUGGAUGAUGUCCAUCUUGGUGGACAUUAUCAAUUCUUCUCAAUGCACAAGAGCAAUAUAAAGAUGCCUGUAAACAUCCAUAAACCUAUAAGUAAUUUAUUAAUAGCUGCAAUCAUAUGAAAUGUUUCACUGAAAUAUUGUCAAGUAUUUCAAUACAAAAUCACUUUGUACAAUAAUUUAUUUCAAUACUUUUACUGCCUUUUUUUUUUUUUUAUCACAGCCCAGAAACACUUACCUUGACAUAAACUGUUUCCACUUUUAAUGUAAGGUGUAUUCCUUCUCCUUUUAUGAGAAACUUCUGUAGUUCCAUUUUCAUAAGAAUAUUCACAUAGAAGAUAUAAACAUCUUUGGCUUUCUAUUGAAGCACAACCUGAUAACACAGGAAAAAAACAAACAAAAACUUUGUUAGCCUGGUUCAAUGUAAAAUUGUUUCCAAAUUAGUUAACGAAUACUUAUUUCAGGUAUAUAUUUACACUUCUGUGUUUAUAUGAGACCAUAAGCACUUAGAGUAGCAAUCUUAAUUAUGCUUUUUGCCCCUUGCAAUAAGAACAUUUUCAUAUCUAUAGGGGAAGCACUCAUAAUAUUCUUAGUAAUGAAUGAGUUAGUACAGAGGUAGUAUGUUUUUACUUUGAUAUGCUUUCUGUCCUUAUGUAGAAUACAAAAAAAAAUACAGAAAAAAGUAAACCUCAUACUUUUGUUCUAGUUCUUGGUGCUGAUAGGUUCAGGGAAAAUAUAUUUUUACAGGGGUUCGUUUCGUUUGAGGAUGUGGCUGUGCACUUUACGUGGGAGGAGUGGCAGAACCUUGAAGAUGCUCAGAGGACCCUAUACAAGGAUGUGAUGCUGGAGACCUACAGCAGCCUGGUGUUCUUGGGUUGCGAUCUUGGCAAAAUUCCACACUAUUUUCCAUUAACAGGACACUGCAUUGCUAAACCUGCGGUGAUCUUUAAGUUGGAGCAAGGAGAGCCAUGGACAUUAGAACUCUGCAACCAGAACCUCCCAGUACACCUGAGAUGCACAGAAAAGUCCUAUGCAAGUGAAGAGAAAUCCUUCUUUCAGGAGUCUGAUCUAGCUGUUUAUCAGAGAAUCUUCACAAGGGAAAAGCCCUAUGAAUAUAAUAAAUGCCAAAAAGCCAUUUUCCAAAAGUCAAAAAUCACUAUACAUGAGAGAAAUCACAGUGAAGAGAAACCUUAUGAAUGUCAACAAUGUAAGGAAACUUUCUCCUGGAAGUCAGCUUUAGUUAUGCAAGAGAGAAUUCACACUGGAAAAAAAACCUGUGAAUGUAAAGAAUGCAGGGACUUCUUAUCACUGAACUCACACCUCGCUAAUCAUCUGAGGACAUACACAGUAGACAGAUCCUAUGAAUGUGAACAUUGUAAGAAAAUAUUCACUCAGAAAUCAGACCUGACUAUACAUCAGAAAACUCACACAAAAGAGAAACUCUAUGUAUGUGAACACUGUAAGAAAACAUUCUACCAGAAAUCACAUCUCAUUAUACAUCAGCGAUUUCACACAGGAGAGAAACCUUAUGAAUGUGAACAAUGUAGGAAAACGUUCUUCCAAAAGUCAGCACUCAGUGUGCAUCAGAGAAUUCACACAGGAGAGAGACCCUAUGAAUGUGAACAAUGUAGGAAGACGUUCUACCGGAAGUCAGCACUCAGUAUACAUCAGAGAAGUCACACAGGAGAGAAACCCUAUGAGUGUGAAAAAUGUAGGAAAACCUUUUUCCGGAAAUCAGCACUCAAUGUACAUCAGAGAAUUCACACAGGAGAGAGACCCUAUGAAUGUGAACAAUGUAGGAAGACGUUCUACCGGAAGUCAGCACUCAGUAUACAUCAGAGAAGUCACACAGGAGAGAAACCAUAUGAAUGUGAACAAUGCAGGAAAACAUUCUCACAGAAGUCAGCACUCAGUGUACAUCAGAGAAUUCACACAGGAGAGAAACCCUAUGAAUGUGAACAGUGUAGGAAAAUGUUCUACAGGAAGUCACACCUCACUGUACAUCAGAGAAUUCACACAGGAGAGAAACCCUAUGAAUGUGAACAGUGUAGGAAAAUGUUCUACAAGAAGACAUACCUCACUGUGCAUCAGAGAAUUCAUACAGGAGAGAAACCUUAUGAAUGUGAACAGUGUAGGAAAAUGUUCAACAAGAAGUCACAUCUCACUGUGCAUCAGAGAAUUCACACAGGAGAGAAACCCUAUGAAUGUGAACAAUGUAGGAAAACAUUUUCAGAGAAGCCUUCCCUCGCUGUUCAUCAGAGGAUUCAUACAGGAGAGAAACCUUAUGAAUGUGAACAGUGUAAAAAAACAUUCUCUCAGAAGUCAUACCUCAGUAAACAUCAAAGAACUCACACAGGAGAGACUCGCUAUGAAUGUGAACAGUGUAGGAAAACAUUUUACCAGAAGUCAUCCCUCACUGUACAUCAGAGAAGUCACACAGGGGAGAAGCCCUAUGAAUGUGAACAAUGUAAGAAAACAUUCUCUCAGAAGUCAUACCUUAGUAAGCAUCAAAGAAGUCACACAGGGGAGAAGCCUUAUGAAUGUGAGCAAUGCAAGAAAACAUUUUCCCAGAAGUCACACCUCACUACACAUCAAAGAACUCACACAGGAGAGAAACCUUAUGAAUGUGAACAAUGUAGGAAAACAUUCUACCAGAAGUUAUCCCUCACUGUACAUCAGAGAAGUCACACAGGAGAGAAGCCCUAUGAAUGUGGACAGUGUAAGAAAAUGUUCUCCCAGAAGGCACACCUCACUGUACAUCAGAGAAUUCACACAGGAGAGAAGCCCUAUGAAUGUGUACAGUGUAAGUUAACAUUCUCUCAGAAGGCACACCUCACUGUACAUCAGAGAACUCAUACCAGAUUGAAACCUUAUGAAAAGAAAGAAUAUAAUUUUUCUCCUGUAAGCCACUUUACUAAGCAUCUGAGAACUCACAGAGGAGAAAAGCUGUUUGAAUGUGAAUGAUUUAGAAAAAUCUUAUACAAUAAGUUACAACUUACUGUAAUUUUUUUAAAAACUAAGGUAAAUUUUCUAACUGGAACUUAUAACUCCCUGUAUGUCAAAGAACUCACAUGGGAGAAAUCUUUGUGUAAUUCAGAAUCCACUGUAUAUUAUAGAACUCACAUAGGAGCUGUGAAUGUAGACCAUGUGGGACAUCUUCUCCCAAGAAGUCAAAAUUUAAACUAUAUGAAAGACCAUUCACAGGAUAGAAACCUACAAAAGUAAAGGAGGUAGAAAAUCUUUCUCACAAAAUUAUCACCUGAUGUAUCUAUGGAGGAUAUGAUUUUUGGAAAAACCUUUGUGAUAAAAUCUCAGGAAACAUCAGAGAACUCUCAGGUGGCUGAAAUGUCUUGUAAUAGAGGCUAUUUAUGUGUUCUCCAAAAAUUAUACUUUCUGGAACACAGAAAAGACCUGGAAAUUUUUUAAAUGUCCACAUGCUGUACCAGUAUUUAUCACUGCUUCAGAGACUAAGUGGCAGUUGAUUUUCUGAUGAUCUUUGGAGCCAUAAGUAAAAACUGAUUACCAUGAUUUUGACAGAAUCAGAGAGAGCAGACAUCUACUUGUCUUGUAAUAAAAUCUUGGCGUUUGUGUUUUACAUGGGUGAGAAAUUUGUACAUUGUUAAACUGUUGUGUAUGUUCAUUGUGUUUGCAUUAGAACACAGACAUCUUAAUGUAGCUACUUCAUGUAUGUUGUAAAAGUUACUGGUUUUAUGGGUUAGAAAUUUGCACGGGACAAACUCAUGUCACUUUAUCUCAGGUGGCUCAUGAAAAAUUCAUUAGAAAUAGGGAAAUAGGAAAGAACAAAUGAGUCAAAAAUUUUUGAGGUUUGCCAAGAGUGAUAUCUCAGUGAAUACUGGUAAACAAUGUAAAUCUUUGUAUCAAUGUCUUAAUGUAUUAAAGUUCCUAAAUACCAUGCUUAUUAUAUUCUAAUAAAUUGUUUAUAG